UAGAUUGACUUUAAGCCGACGUGUAUUUACGGGAAGUGUGUUGCACCAGUUUCGGGAAAUAAACAGAUUUAUGCUGAGCAAACGAUGGCUUUUUGAAUGCACGAUAACAAAAUAUAAUACAACCUUAUGAUUCCGUUACUGAUGUCGUCAACGGAGAAUGUCAUCAGAAUUAACUUUAGACUUCGAAAAUCACCAAUAUCAUCCUAUGAUGAUGAAUAGUGACACUGGCAACAUGUCCAUCGACCAGGAUGGGGAGUGGGAUAUCAGCCUGUUUGAUGAGUUGGAAAACCUGGGGGUGGCAAGUGAGCUCCUUGGAGCGCUCGAGCACGCAGACUAUGGAGCCAACACUCCUGGCUUGGACUUGGACUUUGACAUUGACCUUGAUCUGACUCCAUGGAAUACAGCAGGGUUGGCAAGCACCUGCACAGAUGGUGAGGUGAGUGUGAACUCUCUGUCGCCCGCCUACACCCUGAGCUCCGUCCCUUCUCCCACCUCACUUGAAGCCCUGUCUCCGUGUUCCUCCUUGGAGGAGGCGCUGUCUCCCCAGUCCCAGCCCUCUCCCAUCUCCGUCUGCUCGGACUCAAGUGGCUUCUAUGAUGCCCCACCACCGGCCAAGAGAGCUCCGAAGAGGACAAGCUUGGCACCCCAAGCCAAACCAGCUCAGCAGGUUAAGAGACCCAUCCAGCUGAGCCCGAAGGUCUCUAUCCAGCCCAAGCCCUUGAUCACGGCUCUCAACCUAGCCCACGCAACAGCGCCCCUGCAGGCCAACACCAUUAUCAUCCAGCCCCUACAGACCACGGUGCUUCCCGUUGUCAAACCAGCGCCAGUAAACAUCCAACCAGCGCCCCUCACAGGACAUCGCGUAGUGCUGCCACAGCCGGGCCAAGUGCUGCAGAUCCAGACGACCCAGGCCCUCCCGGGUCAUGUGGUCACCUUGCCCAGUCUGGGCCAGGAGAGGCCGGCCCCCGUGGUUCCGGCUCAGACCAUCGUCCCCGUCAUGCUCCGGGCCCAUUCCUCUGAUGACGAUUCCAAGGUGGGCCAGAGGCAGCAGCGGAUGAUCAAGAACCGCGAGUCGGCCUCGCUCUCCCGGAAGAAGAAGAAGGAGUACCUGCAGACGCUGGAGGUGCGCCUGAAGAUGGCGCUCUCCGAGAACGAGGUGCUCAAAAAUGAGAACGGCCACCUCAAGAAACAGCUGGACGGCCUGCUGACCGAGAACACAGUCCUGAAGACCACCGCCCCCAAGAGGAGAGCCGUGUGUCUCAUGGUGGUCGUGGUCUUCCUCAUGAUCAACGUCGGUCCCAUGAGCGUGUUCCAGGGGGGGCCGGGCUCCAAGGCCCAGCAGGCCGGCGCCAUGCAGCCCAGCGGCAGGCACCUGCUUGGCUUCUCCCCGGAGGCCGAGGUCGGCCCCGAGCCCGGCGAAGGAGGCCCUGCAACGUCGACAGACAGGUUCGAGGACAAGGCCCUGAUGGUGGUCAAGGAUCCCUCUUUCCUCAGGACGGCACCUGCCUGCCAGCCUCCUGUCAACCGGACCAAGUGCAUGAAGUUGGUCAAUGAGCUGAGGGGAUGGGUCCAUCGGCACGAGGUGGAGCAGACCAAGUCCAGGCGCUUGAGUAACAGCCAGCAGAAACCCACUCGGACCAUCCUGAAAACGAACAAGGACGAGGACGUCAACCAGAUAGUGACGGUGCGAUACACUGAAAACGCAGCGGAAAAGAACUCUGGCAGUGAGCUGCAGGUGUACUACGCCCCGCACCGCACCUACAGCGACUUCUUCGACGAGAUCAACCGGCGAGGAGACACCUUCUACGUGGUGUCGUUCCGCAGGGACCAUCUCCUGCUUCCUGCCACCAGCCACAACAAGGGCAGGCGGCCCAAGAUGUCUCUGGUGCUGCCCGCCAUGAACAUAAAUGAGAGCGUCAUCAAGGACCAGGACGCGUUCGAGGUGAUGAUGCAGAUCGACUGUGAGGUCACCGACACGCGCAUCCUCCACGUGCGUUCCUCCACCAUCCCGCCGCUGCUGCGGGUCAACAAUACCGACACGCUGUACCAGACCCCACCCUCGGACCGCCCCGGGGAGGCCCCGCCCCCCGUCGGAGUGCUGAUGGGCUCGGCCUGAGCGUCACCACGGUCCCCCCCCCGCCCCCUGACACCACUCGCACCCGGACCACCCUGACCUCCGCCACAAAUGUUUGAAGCGUUUCUUAUUUAGAUUGAAAUAGUUUUGUUUUGUUUUUUUGGGGGGGGAGAUGUUUUAAACCUCAUGGACACGAUUGGGCUGGAUUGCAAUUUCUCUACUGUGAAUUUUGACAUUGGAAGGAAAUGUAGGCCUCUCGUAUAUAUAAAAUAUAGAAGUGUAGUUGUGGUCAUUGGAAGCUGGUCCAAAGGGUUGGAGGUGAGGGUGCCAGAUGCUCAGCCCUGCCCCAGAGUGAAUACUUCCUGUGCGGCAACAAAAGACUUCCCCCGGCGGCCCUAGACGCUCUGCGCUAAGGGUAAUUGCUCAACGGCAGGGGGCAGAGUAUUGAACCCUGCGUCACCCCGCCACUGAAAGGCUGCUGUAACAGCAGCGGUGCAUUUGAAAUGUAUCCCUUUGUUAUGGCUGUACAUUUCUGGCAGCAAAGGUUUUUAUAAGUUGUUGUUUUUAAGAGAUCCAAUCUCACCAGGUUGAUUAGAAACCAAUCUGCAAUAAGACAUGUCUAUUCGUGACCAUUUUUAGAUAAUCAGGACCUGUGUUUCUGUCGCCAUGGUUUAAAUCAAACCUGUUUAAACUUCUGAGUUUCUAGCAAAUGCACGUCAUUUCUCGUGCACCCAUUCAUUCGCCUAUUGCGCUGUCUUUGCCCUGCUUUUAAUUUUUUUUGUCUUUCUUGGUUCCUAAAUGCUAAAGCGAAGAACUAUACUGUAUCUGCUCACAUCGACAAAUACCUUCGACUAUAAGGCCAUGCACUCAGGAAGCUGAAUAUUCAUGAAAGCUGUGUCCAAUAUAUAGUUGUUUUGUAACUUUUGUUUUAUGUUUAAUAUGCUUUGGAUUGUGUUUUAUGAAUAGUUUCUGUUUUAUGUUUUGCACCGUGCUGCACGCAGACUUCUAUAUAUAUAAAAAUAUAUAUGUAUUUAUUUUCCACUGAUUGUCGAUAAAUAUGAUUGUGUGCAAAUUCCGUAAGUAGGACAGAGAAUAGUCUUUGCAAUACCUAUUGAAUUUUGGAUUCAAACCAUAUUUGAAUGACAGUUGGGACUUCUCUUUCGAGGGAUAAGCUUUGUGUUUUUCAUUUGAUUGCAUCGUAUAUCGUCCCAUUUUUUUCCUAUUGAUCUAUCUUGUUAUUUUGCUCAUAGGUAGUGUUAAAUGCUCUAACUAUUCAAUUGUCAAUUUUGAAUCUCUAUUCAUUUAAAUUAGGAAAAUGUCAAAAACAAAUGAACAUAGCAUUCACAUUUAUGUGCCACGUUAUGCUAUCUCAUCUUGAACCUUGAACCUCCUUCCAUUGUCCUAAUUGCACUCUGUGCACUUAAGGCACUUAAGUGCACUUAAUUUAAAAAUUCAAGAGAUUUUUGAAUUUAGAUUAGAUUUCAGACCAGUUUUUAUCCAAUUGGCCAUAUUAUAUCAGAAAAUAUCUUAGUAAUAGUAAAUACAUGCCCUGUAUGAGUUAUUUUCAAUUGUGGAGUAAAUUUGUGUUUUGAGUCAAACUUUUAACUUUAUCUCCCAUUGUAAUCAGUUUAAAGAAAACAAACUUUCUGAAUUGUGGAAUCGUUUCAAUAAAACACUGGAAUUUCUUACCAUUUUA